AUGUUUUCAUUCAUGAUCAAAUUAGUAUUUUCGCAUCUGUAUCGUUCACUAUCUCUCUCUCUCUCUCUCUUUCUUUCUAUCUAUCUAUCUAUCUAUCUAUCUAUCUAUCUAUCUAUCUAUCUAUCUCGGUCUUCUCAGGAUCUAUCUAUCUAUAUAUCUAUCUCGGUCUUUUCAGGAUCUAUCUAUCUAUCUAUCUAUCUAUCUAUCUAUCUAUCUAUCUAUCUAUCUAUCUAUCUCACCUUCCUCUUCUCUCUCUAUUGCACAAUUUCUUCCUUUGUUUCUUUUUAUCUAUCUAUCUAUCUAUCUAUCUAUCUAUCUAUCUAUCUAUCUAUCUAUCUAUCUAUCUCGGUCUUUUCAGGAUCUAUCUAUCUAUCUAUCUAUCUAUCUAUCUAUCUAUCUAUCUAUCUAUCUAUCUCUAUCUCAGUCUGUUCAUAUUUAUCUAUCUAUCCAGCCAUUCAUCUAUCUAUUAUAACCAUUUUUUCUAUUAAAGCCUUCCUCUUCUCUCUCUAUUGCACAAUUUCUUCCUUUGUUUCUUUUUAUCUAUCUAUCUAUAUCUAUCUAUCUAUCUAUCUAUCUAUCUAUCUAUCUAUCUAUCUCGGUCUUUUCAGGAUCUAUCUAUCUAUCUAUCUAUCUAUCUAUCUAUCUAUCUAUCUAUCUAUCUAUCUCGGUCUUUUCAGGAUCUAUCUAUCUAUCUAUCUAUCUAUCUAUCUAUCUAUCUAUCUAUCUCGGUCUUUUCAGGAUCUAUCUAUCUAUCUAUCUAUCUAUCUAUCUAUCUCGGUCUUUUCAGGAUCUAUCUAUCUAUCUAUCUAUCUAUCUAUCUAUCAUAUCCAGUUCUCUUCAAUAUCUAUCACAGCCUAUUCAUUAUCUGUCUAUCUAUCUAUCUAUCAAUCUAGGCCAUCGUCCAUUAUUAUCUUUUCAUUCUCUUUUUAUUACACCUUUUCUUUCUCUGCUUCUUUUAAUCUAUCUAUCUAUCUAUCUAUCUAUCUAUCUAUCUAUCUAUCUAUCUAUCUAUCUAUCUCGGUCUGUUCAUAUCUAUCUAUCUAUCUAUCUAUCUAUCUAUCUAUCUAUCUAUGUAUUUCAGUCUGUUCAUAUCUAUCUAUCUAUCCAUCCAUCCAUCUAUCUAUUAUAGACAUUCUUUCUACCCCUUCUCUCUCUAUUGCAGAAUUUCUUCCUUUGUUUCUUUUUAUCUAUCUAUCUAUCUAUCUAUCUAUCUAUCUAUCUAUCUAUCUAUCUAUCUAUCUAUCUAUUAUAGACAUUCUUUUCUGA